AAACAUGGCAACACAAGACCCAGGAGGACCAGCAGGUCGUCCACGAGAAGAGAGACGCCGCACUCUCACUCCCUCCCUUCCUCACUCCCUCGCCUGCUACUGAAUACUGGCUGCAUGCUUACAGUACUUCCUUUUUAUCGCUUUCGUAUCUGUCUUUCCCCUCUUUCUUUCUCUUUCUCUUGUCCCUCUCUCUCCAAAACUCCCGUCAACCUUGCAUGUGAUCGAAGGAUUCUCCAGCAUCAUCACGCCGCACGACGCCCAACACAACGAACAUGAAGGCGCCGAUUCUCCCUCCCAAGACUGAACAGCUUUUAGGACAUCUUCUUGCUUCAUUACCUGCUGCCUCCAUCUCGCCGUCUCCUCCCACGGCGCUCUUACCCCUCCUCUCGCCCAUCCUCAGACAGCGAGUCCAGCUGCUGUCGGCCUCCAACCAGGAACCAUGGCUCCCACUUCUAUGCUACGAUAGCACCAAAGCCUCCAAACUAGAAGAAGUCGUCAAGAACGAGAGAUUUGAACCCCAUCCAGUGUCGGGCGAAGUAGAAAUCGAUUGGGAUUACGACGUGGACCUGCGCUAUAAACGCACCGACGAGGAGACCUUACAAUCCCUUGCCUCUCUCCACGAAUUGGAUCUGAGUGUGAAAUUGGUCUGGUGUGUGAACGAUGAGAUAGGUGGCGGCGACGGCUGGAGGAUAGGAGAAGUGGCAGUCUACGAACCCAGCGUGGACUCAACUUGGGGCCAAUCCAAUAUCUCUCAAGCAGAAGAAGCCUACGAGAAUUACUCCACGCCGCUGCUGAGCUCACAUAAUCGAUCCAAUGGCACGAAUGGACUUCUCACCCCAGACGCAGAUGCUAUGGACGAGGACGAAGACGAUGACGAUGAUUAUUGGGCGCAGUACGACAAUACACCUGCGCGGACACCUGCCCCGAAAGACUCGGGCAUUGCCCCCAUGACAAGCUUGUCAGAUGAACGAGCACAUCACGACGAUGACGAAGCGAGUUAUUAUGCACAAUACUCCUCUGUACAGCCUGCCAUGGACGACCAUGACCCCGACGAGGCAGAGCAGAAUGGGACGGUCGAAUCGUCUCUGGGCCGAGACGAGAUUGCCCAAGAACUCCAACAAAGUCUUGCUACCGAGCAUGAACAUUCGUCGGCUUCGGCGUGGUCGCAAUUACAAGAGCCAAACGAUGAUGGCAUGUUCACGAGUGACGAGAUACUACAUCCUCGCCCCGGUUCAAGUACUGGUUCAAGCGGCAGCGAUACAGUGGCGAAGCUCGAAAAGGGUGCUGCAGCUUCGGCUGCGCUGGAGCAGAGUGAAGUUGGCAUCAAGCAGCAUAUUGGAACAAGUGUCAAGAGUCUGUAUAGGCUAGCGAAAGUCGCUGGCAUAGAAAGAGGGGAAUUUGAGAGGAUUGUCAGGACUGAGUUGGAUUGUUUAGGGUUGAUGGAUGAAGACUUGUAAAUAUCUCAUGAGUUGUGGGACUGGGAAUUUGGCAUGGCAUGGGGCUUGGCGUUGCAUUGUAUUGCCAGACAGGGGCAUAAGGGUUCGCCAUUUAGGAAAAUUGAAUGUCUGGAGUCAAAUGAAAACCUACUGUGUCUGUCAGAGUGUAAUGUGAUGUCGGACAUCGAAUAUUUUCUCUUUCGAGUCUCACAAUCUAUUCCACGCCAUGUAAGACAUGUCCGUCAAUUAAUGUCGGUUCUAAACUAAGCCUGCGAGGAAAAGUCAAAUAAGACAAGUACCCGAUGGUAUCUAGCUUUACUAGGA